CCCUGCGCAUCCCGCAGCCCCGCCGGGGAUGCCGCCGCCCGCCGGGCCCUGAGCGCCGGGACGCCGGCGGACGCCGGCCUCGCUCCGCCGCCCCCCGCCCUCGCCGGAGCUGUCACCGGGACCAUGGAGGUCGUGGAGGCCAGCACCCUUCAGCAGGAGAGGCUGCAGGCCAUCGCGGAGAAGCGGAAGCGUCAGACGGAGAUCGAGAACAAAAGGCGGCAGCUCGAGGACGACCGGCGGCAGCUGCAGCAUCUCAAGUCCAAGGCUCUGCGGGAGAGAUGGCUCCUGGAGGGGGCCCCAGCCUCUGCCUCCGAGGAGGAAGAGGCCAUGAAGAAGCAGAUGCAGGAGGAUGAGGUGAAGACCAAGGAGCUGGAGGAAACCAUCCAGAGGCUGGAGAAGGAGCUGGAGAUGCUGGAGAACAGCAGCUCAGUGGCUUCUACCAAGGAGAACCUGGCAGAGGCAGCAGCCCCAGCCAAGGAGGAGAAGGCCGAAGCCGUCCCGAACGCACAGAAGAGUCCCCUGGGCACGGUUAAGGGCACUCGUCUCUCCUCUCCAUCUCCAGCCGAGAAGAAGGUCUCCAGCAGCCCCAUGAAGGCGGUGGAAGGCACCGACCUGAUGAAGGCGGCCAUGUACUCGGUGGAGAUCACGGUGGAGAAGGACAGAGUGACUGGGGAGACCAAGGUCCUGUCCAGCACCACCCUGCUCCCCCAGAACCACUGUCUGCAGGGGGUCAAAGUGUACGAGGAUGAGAUGAAAGUGGUGCACGCGGUGAGCGCCGAGGACGGGGCCCUGCAGAACGGGGCCCACCCCCUCAGCUCCUCCGAGGUCGACGAGCUCCUGCACAAAGCGGACGAGGCCACGCUGAGCGAAGCCGCCGGGCGCGAGACCCCGGCCAGGGCGGGCCAGGGGGGCAGCAGCGCCCCGGGCAGCCAGAAGCCGACGCCAAGGAGGGAGAUCACGGGGCUGCAAGCGAAGCCACGGGAGAGCACCGCGGUGCCGCCGGGCGAGGGGACGGAGCCGAGCCGGGAGCAGCCCGUCACCAUGAUCUUCAUGGGCUACCAGAACGUGGAGGAUGAGAACGAGACCAAGAAGGUGCUGGGGCUGGAGGGCACCAUCAAGGCGGAGCUGGUGGUGAUCGAGGACACCGAGAGCAAGCCGGAGCCGGCACACAAGGACCACGCGCCGCCCAACGGCACCGCGCUGGAGCCGGCGGGCGCCCAGCCCCUGGGGGAGGAGGGCGCGGGCGGGCAGAAGCCGGGUGCCAACGCCACAGAUGCCAAGGAGGCCGAGCAGGAGACAGACGUGAAGAAGCAGCGCUGCAAGUGCUGCACGGUGAUGUGAGCCCCGCCGGCCCCCGCCGGGACGGGCUGCCCCCGCCGAGCCCUCUCUGCCCCGGCCCCUGCCAGCCAGGCCCGCCGUCCCGGCACGCCGGGCUUCCCCCACACUGGACACGGACCCUCUUUCUGCAGAACUGGGGAGAUCCAACACGGUGCCCAGGGGGCCGCAGCGGGCAGCAGCAAAUGGGGGCCGUGGCAACGCUCGCCCCGUCUGCCCAACGCCUGCCCCGCGCUGCCCCCACCAGUGCUGCCUGUGGUAUUUAUUAGAGACCCCCUGACCCCACGGUGCACUCACCCCACCACAGCCCGGCCCCGACCCCACCGGAGCCCUCCUGCCGCCCAACACCGGAGCCUUUUCCUCUUUCACCAACACUGUCCCACCCCCGUCGGAGGAUGGAGCCAUCGGGCAGGGGAUCGGAGGACGCCGCUGCAUCCGUAGAUGACUCCCUGGGAGCCGGCACCAGCGGGACCCACACUUGGCCCAGCCUGUGGCGGGCAUUGGACCCAGCCCCAUGCCAGGCCCUCUCUCUGUGCCUCCAUCAUCUGCAUCACCAGUGGGGAAAGGCCUGUGUCUGUUCCCCUCUGGCUGCCCAUGGACAUCUCCGCUCCAUCCCGUGUCCUCAUCCCCAUGGCCCUGGGCUCCCCGAGCCAUGAGCCCCUCAGGGACCGAGCGUGUCCAGGCGAGGGAAGGGCAUUAAGGGCAGUGUCUCCUCCAUGAUGCUCAGCUGUGGUCAUGGGCAGGGCCACGCACAGCUCCUCUAGGAUCACCCCAGCCUGUGCUCAGAGCUGUGGGCAGGAGACCCUGCUCUGCUCGCCCAGGCUCAUCUCACUGUGUGGAAGCCCCUCACCCUGGUGAUGGCAUUGAUGGCCAUUCCUCCAACUUGGCUGCUGGCUGGCACCGCUGGGCUCUGCCAGCCCCCGGGGCUGAGCUGUGCUGUGCCCAGUGCCCGUGUCCCCCUGUGGCAACGGCAGCGAGGGGGGCCCAGCCUUGUGGGGACAGGAAUGGGGUGGGUGUGCCCACCCCACCCACUCCCUCAUAGCAGCAGGAGCGUGGCCCAGCAUCCCGCUCCCUUCCUGCCUCUGCAGCUCAGCCGUGGCAGCUUUGCAGAGCCACCUUCUGGGGGUCCGGGCUGCAGCACCAGGUCCUGCAGGGGAGCAGGGCAGCCCAGUUCACCCCAGCACUGGCAGCCCAGUUCACCCCAGCACCGGCACUGGGAGCUGUCAGGGGUCCGGUGUCCCACGAAGGGCAGCCUCCCUGCUCCCCCACGCCACGCCCCAGCCCUUCAGUGGGGAUUUCACCACCAGCACCAGCGUUUCCUCCCCCCCGAGACCCACUGGGGCAGGCGAGGGAGCGCCCGCCGGGGCAGUGCCCAGGCCCUGUGCCCAGGGGCACUUGCCCAGGAGCUUUGGGCAGGGUGCAGCCACCAGCCAGCACAGGGGUCCUUGUGUGAGCGUGAGAGGGUCCCCGUUGCUGUGAGGCCGGGCAAGUCCCCAGAGAUCCCCCAAAGCACGUGUGGAGCAGCCCCCACACUGCCCAGCCCACUGGGACACCAGUGAUAGAGCAGCCAGGGAUGGGACUCGGCCACCCAAGGCCUUCCUUCCCCCACACUCCCCUUAUGUGAGCAGUGACCCCCCCCAUCACAUCCCAGUUCCCCCCCAGUUACCAUCCAGGCUGCAGUUUUCCCCCAGUGGAGUCACUGCAGGGCUGGGGACUGCGGGGGUCUCGCAGUGCCACCUGAGCCCUGCCUGGGCACCCACAGCCUCUGGGAGAGGCAGAGCUGAGGGAGGGAGGGGUUUCCCCACCAGGGGAAGGGGGGGCCUCUCCUGCCCCUCCCGCUGAGGGCAUCCCUGGAGCCCCGUUGCUGCAGAGCGGGGCGCGGGGCUCAGUGCCACAGGGCAUCUCCCCCACAACCCCGGGGGGAAUGUCAUCUCUCGCCACCCCACACCAGGGGCCAGCACCACUCACCCCAUCCCGCUGUGGGCCCUGCAAUCCUCCCGACCCCAAGCUGGGACUCCCUCCCACUCUCAGCACCCUCCACCUCUCAAUUGGCUUUGACCCCCAGCCCAAUCUGGCAGUGGGGAGUGGGACCAGGCGCCCGGGCCGGGGCUGGGGCACGAGAGGAGCAGGCAGUGGGCCCAACAUCACCCCUGCCCCGUCCCGCAGCCCCCCCGUCCCCCCCACCUCCGCUGAAGUGCACUUCCCGCACCCCGAGCUUUUCACUUGUGCCGAAGCUGUUUGAAUCCCACCCCCACUCCCACCCCCCCGUUGUUUGUAAAACACCCGAACCGAGCAAAUAAACUGUGUGAACAACCA